CUAAAUAUUGAGAUAAUCAAAGAGAUUGCUGUGAUUUGUGGUUAAGAUUUGUAUGGAUUGAUAGGUCAGUGAAAAUGAGUGACGAAAACCAAAGUUACGAGGAUUUGGUGAAGCGAUUGAAACCACUGAAGAUAAUCGUCAAGAAAAUCAGUACCGAGAAGUUUGCGGAACUAAAGGUGAUAUCAGAUCCGAACCGAAUUAAAGACGAGAAACCCGUCGGAGAUGUCGACGACCGCCAAGAGGAGGAGUUUGAAGUGGUUUUGGCGGACGUGGAGACCAAACCCGUUGAGCAGACACCUGAGGAGCAAAAGGUUCAGUUGCUGUCGUGUUUCUUCUGCAAGGAUUCGGUGACCGGUUAUGCGGAAGCGUUCAGUCAUUUACAACUACACAUCGACUACUACCCCAUCCAGUGCUCCAUCUGUGAUGAGGCCAUCACUGACUUGAUCUCAUUCGUCAAACAUUGCCGUAAUCUUCAUAAAGAGUUGGAGACCGCGAAGUACAUCAAGAAAUUCAACUUAAGUUGCUUCCAAUGGAUCCACGACUUCUUGACCAAAAAUCCUCACGAGUUAUUCAAAGGCAAUCCUCACAAAUACUGUCCGUCU